AUUUUUAUCAGUGGCAUUUUGCCGGAGGUGCACGGGCCUCGCGAUAGUGUUUGCACAAGCGGAGCGUGACGCCGAACUGAUGCAAAGGUUACACAGGCUACUUGAAGACGCAGUGCAGAGGUGCGGGCAGGUUGUGUGAUCAGCACCCGAUCGGAGCCCAGCCGAGGGGGGCCCCGAGAGCCGGGAAUCCGCUGCCCUCCCGCAGCUCUCCAGCCGGGUGGAUUAUCUCGCGUGUUUAUUGAGGCUGUUAUUAUUACACGGGGAGACCCGGCCAUGACCGGCCUGGCCCACCGGUGCCUCCCCCGAUCCAAGAAAGUAGCUUGAUGAGUGUCCAAAGUAACAGUGGAAGUUUGGAGGGGCCGCCAUCUUGGUCCCAGCUCUCCACGUCCCCAACGCAGGGCUCGGUUUUCCUGCGGAAUAAUACACCACCUGGCAAGGCCAAAGAAGGUGUCAUGGAUGAACUCCAAAGCUUGGACCCAAGAAGGCAGGAGUUGUUAGAAGCGCGGUUCACCGGUGGUGUCAGUGGCAGCACUGGGAGCACUGGCAGUUGCAGUGUAGGAGCAAAGGCCUCCACAAACAAUGAAAGUUCAAACCACAGUUUUGGAAGUCUUGGUUCUUUAAGUGACAAAGAGUCAGAGACGCCAGAAAAGAAGCAGCCUGACUCUUCAAGAGGAAGAAAAAGAAAGGCUGAAAAUCAGAGUGAAAGCAGUCAAGGAAAAAAUAACGGGGGACGGGGACUCAAGAUUAGUGAUUUUUUUGAGUACCAAGCUGGGAAUGGUUCCAGUCCUGUAAGAGGCAUACCUCCUUCCAUACGGUCUCCGCAGAACUCACACUCACAUUCCACACCGUCUUCUGUCCGACAGAACAGCCCUUCUCCCACUGCUUUAGCUUUUGGGGACCAUAUUCUUACUCCAACAAAGCAGUUAUCAUAUAAAUUAAUCCAGACGGAUCUCACGAUGCUGAAACUAGCAGCCUUAGAAAGUAAUAAAAACCAGGACCUGGAAAAAAAGGAGGGCAGAAUAGAUGAUUUGCUCAGGACGAACUGUGAUCUCAGGCGACAGAUAGACGAACAGCAAAAAAUUCUUGAAAAGUAUAAAGAAAGAUUAAAUAAAUGCAUCUCGAUGAGCAAGAAACUUCUUAUUGAAAAGAGCACCCAGGAGAAGCUGGCCAGCCGCGAGAAGAGCAUGCAGGACAGACUACGCCUUGGACAUUUCACAACCGUGCGGCACGGAGCCUCGUUCACCGAACAGUGGACAGACGGUUUUGCUUUUCAAAACCUCGUCAAACAGCAGGAAUGGGUGAACCAGCAAAGAGAAGAUAUAGAACGACAAAGAAAACUGCUGGCCAAGCGGAAGCCGCCAUCAACUAAUAACGCUCAGGCGCCCUCCGCCAAUUCUGAACCAAAGCAGAGGAAAAAUAAGGCUGUAAAUGGGGCUGAAAACGAUCCCUUUGUCAAACCUAGUUUACCCCAAUUGUUAACUUUAGCGGAAUACCAUGAGCAGGAAGAAAUUUUUAAGCUUCGACUGGGACACCUGAAGAAGGAGGAAGCGGAAAUCCAGGCUGAGCUGGAACGUUUGGAAAGGGUGCGGAAUCUUCACAUACGAGAGCUGAAAAGAAUAAAUAACGAAGACAAUUCACAAUUUAAAGAUCACCCUACGCUGAACGAACGAUAUUUAUUGCUUCAUCUUCUGGGCCGAGGUGGUUUUAGUGAAGUGUACAAGGCUUUUGAUCUUUAUGAACAGAGAUAUGCUGCUGUGAAAAUUCAUCAGCUCAACAAGAGCUGGCGGGACGAGAAGAAAGAGAACUACCACAAGCAUGCCUGCCGAGAGUACAGAAUACACAAAGAACUGGAUCACCCCAGAAUAGUCAAACUUUAUGAUUACUUUUCCUUGGAUACAGACACAUUUUGUACAGUGCUGGAAUACUGUGAAGGCAAUGACCUCGACUUCUACCUAAAGCAGCAUAAGCUGAUGACCGAAAAAGAAGCCAGAUCCAUUGUAAUGCAAAUUGUCAAUGCACUACGUUAUCUAAAUGAGAUCAAACCACCCAUCAUCCACUAUGACCUAAAGCCAGGAAACAUCCUUCUGGUCGAUGGCACAGCUUGCGGGGAAAUAAAGAUCACAGACUUUGGAUUGUCCAAAAUAAUGGAUGACGACAGCUACGGUGUUGAUGGAAUGGACCUAACUUCCCAGGGGGCAGGGACGUACUGGUAUCUGCCCCCGGAAUGCUUUGUCGUGGGUAAGGAGCCACCCAAGAUUUCAAAUAAAGUAGACGUGUGGUCAGUUGGGGUCAUAUUUUUCCAGUGUCUUUAUGGUAGAAAGCCUUUCGGUCACAAUCAAUCCCAGCAAGACAUCUUACAGGAAAACACCAUAUUAAAAGCCACAGAGGUUCAGUUUCCGGUGAAGCCUGUUGUAAGCAACGAAGCCAAGGCAUUUAUAAGACGGUGUUUAGCGUACAGGAAGGAGGACAGAUUUGAUGUCCACCAACUGGCUAAUGACCCAUACCUUCUCCCUCACAUGAGAAGAUCCAAUUCUUCAGGAAACCUGCAUAUGGCAGGGCUAGCGGCAUCUCCAACACCCCCUGCAUUGAGCAUUAUUUCAUACUGACACUCAAAUCACGGCCGGCAUGAUUAUUUCUUUAAGAGCUUGCAGGUGCAAAAUUUAGUUCAAAGGCAAAAAUUAAGAAAAAAAAGUUUUUGUUUUUCCAAUCAAAGAAGGAAUUGAGAGCAUUUGUGGGGUGGGUUAUUCUUUAUAGUGUUAUUCGUAUGCGGAGAGGGAAAAAAAUGUGAAAAAAAAAAAUGUACCCUUUGACUGUAAUGAUGUUUGACGUUGGCUUCAAUUCAAUGUGUUUAAAUGGCUUUGAGCCUCCGAAAAUUACUUGAUCUGCGUACAGGUGUUAAAGGGACUCCUUCACCUAAAUGAGGUUUACGGUACAUUACAGAAUUGCAUGACGGAUUAAUGACAAAUUGUGUGUGUUCUAAUAAAUUUGUAAGCAGAUGUUUUAAUAUGCGCAAGGGGGGGGAGAAAGAGUGUUUAGUUUUUUGGCUUUGCCCCCUUUGGGACAUCGCCAGGCAGUCCCAUAUACAAAUAAACUAUGGCUUUCAUAUGGUUCUGCUUGAAAACAUCUCUGCGGUUGUGUUUGUCCUUGCAGACACGACGAGCAGACCGUUUAAUGCUCUACGUUUGCCUUGUAAACAUUGUUUGGGUCCAAGAGUCCCUGUAUAAGCAACAGGUCGUUGGUUUGGGGCCCAAUGUCAAAAUAAACAUAAUGCUGCACACGAUAUCAGGCUUGCUGUAUGUCUAAGAUGGAUUUUUCUUUCUCUUCUUUCCUUUUAUCCCCCCCUGAAUGGGACUUUGUAAAUACUUUUUGUAAUACUAAAACACAAUUGGUUGAUACUGGAGAGUUCUAGCAUGAAGGGCAUUUUUCAUUAUACAUAUAUAUAUGUAAAAUAAUUAAAUUAAAAAAAUAACAAAAAUAACU